CCAUGCUGUGUCACAUGACUCAGUGAAUCAUUUUGAGAUUUUCAGGGACGGAGCUGGGUCCUGUCUGCUGUGGAGAAAGCUGGGGACUGGAAAUCAUUUAAAUCGGGUGUAAAAUCGUGAAAUGAUGAAACAGAUUGGGGUCGGCGGCCACAGUCCAGCAGGUCUGGAUGGUUUCUGCUAGUUUCCUCGCGUCGCUUUCCCCUCUGUGACUUGUGUGAGGCCUCUGGAAGUACAGGGCCCCGCCGGACAGUAGCAGAGUGGACCCUGCUGUACCGCGGGGUUAAGGUGUUGAACUCUGCGGGACCUCCACCUUUCCACGCUGCGUGGGUCCGGGAACACAGCCGGGGAUCAUGCAAGCGGAAGUAACAGCGAUGCGAAUAUCGGAGAGUGAAGGAAAGCUGGAGCUCUAUAACCAGAGUAAGACUCCAGCCUCGGGGAGGGGAACCUCAAAGGGCUGGCAGUACAGUGAUCACAUGGAGAAUAUUGAUGGCUACCUGAUGAAGUACACCAACCUUGUCACGGGCUGGCAGUACAGGUUUUUUGUCUUGAACAAUGAGGCAGGGGUGCUGGAGUACUUUGUGAAUGAGCAGUCCAGGCCCCAGAAGCCCCGCGGAACUCUGCCCCUGGCAGGGGCUGUGAUCUCCCCCAGCGAUGAGGACUCGCACACCUUCACCGUCAACGCCAUCAGCGGGGAGCAGUACAAGCUCAGAGCCACAGAUGCUAAAGAAAGACAGCACUGGGUUAGCAGACUUCAGAUUUGUACUCAGCAUCACACGGAGGCCUUGGGCAAGAACAAUCCGCCCCUGAAGUCCCGGAGUUUCUCUGUGGCCUCCCAGGGCAGUGGUAAGUCCCCGCUGAUGCAGCGGAGGCCCAGUCAGAACGCUGCCUCGUUCUUCGGCAUCUCGCAGCUGCACAAGGGCUCGGCGACAUCGGCCAGCAAGAGGUCCCUGCAGCCGGACCACCUGGUGGACGUCAGGGAGAUGAUGACCCAGGCACAAGGGAAGCACAGAGACCUGAUCCAGACCAUCGAGGGUCUGCCAUCUGCUACAGGCCUCUCUCCUCUUGACCAGGACCUCCUCAUGCUCAAAGCCACUUCCAUGGCAACCAUGAACUGCCUCAACGACUGCUUCCACAUCCUACAGCUCCAGCAGGUGGCUCAGCAGAAGGGCCCUCUUUCGGGAGCUACCAUCGAGUGGCUGGAGCCCAAGCUGCCGGAGCACCUGAAGAAUGGAGACGUGCUGCAGGGCUUCUCUGCGGAGAACAAGCCUGCGAGUAGCGGGGAGCAGUUGAGCACGGAGCCCUGCAGCUUGGCUGGGGAACAAGAGGAUGUGGACUGGGAGGACGAGGUGGAAGACGCCUUUGCUGACCAGGAGGACGACCUGGGGGCAGUGGAGGAGCAGCGCAGCGUGAUCCUGCACCUCCUCUCGCAGCUCAAGCUCGGCAUGGACCUCACCCGGGUGGUGCUGCCAACCUUCAUCCUGGAGAAGCGCUCCUUGCUGGAGAUGUACGCCGACUUCAUGUCCCACCCUGACCUCUUCCUCGCCAUCUCUGACGGCAGGAGCCCCGAGGAGCGCAUGGUCCGCUUCGUGGAGUAUUACCUCACCUCCUUCCACGAAGGACGCAAGGGGGCCAUCGCCAAGAAGCCCUACAACCCCAUCAUUGGGGAGACUUUCCACUGCUCCUGGAGAGUGCCCAAGGACAAGAGGGACAACAUCUCGUCCUCCCAGGGCAGCCUCAACAAGGCCGGGCUGGAGGGAGGCCAGGAGGCCUCAGACUGCUACCUCAUCCGCUUCGUGGCGGAGCAGGUGUCCCAUCACCCUCCUGUGUCCGGCUUUUAUGCGGAGUGCCAGGAGAAGAAAAUGUGCGUGAACACUCAUGUGUGGACGAAAAGCAAGUUCAUGGGGAUGUCCAUUGGCGUGUCCAUGAUUGGGGAAGGCGUGCUGAGCCUGCUGGAGCAUGGGGAGGAGUACGCCUUCACGCUGCCCUGCGCCUACGCCCGCUCCAUCCUCACGGUGCCCUGGGUCGAGCUGGGAGGCAAGGUCAACGUCGGCUGCGCCAAGACGGGCUACUCCGCAGCCAUCACCUUCCAGACCAAGCCCUUCUACGGCGGGAAGCUACACAAAGUGACGGCUGAAGUAAAGCACAACCCAACCAACGCAGUGGUGUGCAAAGUGCAGGGCGAGUGGAACGGAGUCUUGGAGUUCACGUACACCAGCACCGCAGAAACCAGGGUGGUGGACAUCCCCCACCUGCCCAUCACAAAGAAGAGGGUGAGGCCUUUGGACCAGCAAGGGCCAUACGAGUCCAGACGGCUGUGGCAGCACGUUACCGAGUCACUGCGGGAGAAAGAUAUCGACACGGCGACGGAACACAAGCGCUUUUUAGAGGAGAGGCAGAGGACGGAGGAGAGACAUCGCUCUGAAACAGAAACACCGUGGCGAACCAAAUAUUUCCACAGAGAGGGUGAAGGCUGGGUAUAUCACAAGCCAUUGUGGAAAACAACAGUCGCAAACCCCUGAAGUGUGAGAUUCCCAUGCCUGUACGGAGUUUUAAUUCAGCCAUGCGAUGUGGUUUAUUUUAAUGUCAUGGGAAAAAAAAAACAAUUUACAACUUGCGUUUCAUUUGCAGAAGAAGCCACUGGUGUACAUCCACAAUGUACAAAACAUGGAAACAGGGCACUUUAACUUGCAAGUACAACACAACAUGGUGCAUAUUUUGUAAUGUUCAAUGAAUACUUUUGUAAAGUGAAAUACUAAACGUCUUCAAAUCAAUCUGUAUUCUUGUACAGCAUGUACAUAUAAGAGGUACUUUACUGAUGCUGCCUUAAAAGAGAUGGAUUUUGGCAGUAGAGAAUAAUGCUGAAGUCUUGGUGAAGUCUGUUGAACUCAACUUGAAAGAUUCGUGUUUUAUCUUAUCAGGGAGUUUGAGCACACAAUGCCACUUCUGAGAGGUCAUGGUGGCUUGUGCACUUUUUUCGUACAUUUUACUGCCCUUUUCAGAGAGCAAACCUCUUACAAGGAGGCACAACAGUGGGAAAGUUAAGGAGAUUGAGGACUUAAGUAGCAGAUUUCAAAGCUGUCUUUUAUAUGCUGUAUUUCUCUCUGACAGGUACUCCGAGCUGAGAAAUUUCUCACUUCAAAUAAAUCUAAGGCUUUUAAUGGAAGACUGGUGUUAUUUGCAGAAUGUUUAGUGUUUCAUCUAAAUGUAAUAUUGUCACCUGGUAACCUAGGAUUCAUAAAAAAUUGAUACAUGUGGCUUAUUCUUCAGAGCUUGGAGUCAGUGUCUUUGAGCCUUGAAAUUUGAUAUUUCAGUGCAAUUGUGCUCAUAUCAGUGGUGAUUUUUCUUUACAGUGUGAAAAGGUUGGCCUUUUUUCUGAAAAGUAGCUAUUUUGUGUUAAUUUUGUUCUUUUGGUUGCAAUCUUCCCUGCAUGUCUUGUCAUGUUAAAGUGUUGUUUGAAAAAAUGUACAGCAUAUUUCAGUCAGUUGUGAAAUGGGUUUUGUUCAUGUUUCCCUCAAAUGGUUGUAAGAUAAAAUUAGGUCACAGCUGUGUUUUCACCUGCAGCAGAAACAGGACAUUACUGGAUUGUUGGCUGUUGUUAAUUGAGGGGUAAUAUGACCAACAAGUGCUCAGAAUGAGUACAAUAAUGGUAACAAUUCCUUGCAUUCAGAUAAUGUUUUUCUAUCCAAAAGUGCUUUACAUACAGGGGGGACCCGUUUCAUCCAGCUGCCCCACUGCACAUAGCUAAUCCUGGUUUUGUCUUUUUCUACACAGCACAGUGUCAACAUCCUAAAAUGUCCAGUUCAGUAUUGACCAGCCAUCCAAGUGUUCAUUUACCAGAGCUGGAUAACCAAAUGAUGUUUCUCUUCCUGCAAAGGUUUUGAUUUUUAAAAGUUUUGUUUUGAAAAGAUUGCAAUCAAAAGCACACACGUGCUUUAUAUGACAGGAAACCAUACAGUAUAUACUGUGUGUGACUGGUUCUUCAACUGCGAUGUGCAUAUUUGCACUUGUAAAUAUUUUUAUGCAAUACACAAUCCAUGCUUAAAUAUGUGUCAAAUGAUAGAAAAAUGUGAGAAUGGCUUUUCUGACUAAUCCCGUCGCAUCCAUAGGAAACAUCUUAGUGCUUCAGGUGAGGAAGAGUGUUCCAAGCAGUGUUUUGCAUGCACUUGAUUUUUUUAUGAUAAGCUACCUUAUUCUCUCCCACAUGGUGCCUUAACACCAUUGCUUCUCACAUGUGUCUUCCAGUCUGUGUACACAGCAUGACCUAGGUCCUUCUUAAGGAAAGCCAGAUCUGUUGUUUCAUCAUAGCAUUCAAAAGAUACCUUGACAUAUGCAUAAAUAUCUUUAGCCGCCUUGUCAUUACAAGUUUCUUCCUUACUGGAGAAAUUGCAUCAGUAUCUACUUAAGGAAUCUGUGAAUGGGAAAAGAAGUGCUUACUCAGACUACACACCUGUUACUUUCAACAUUACGAUGACACUGACAAAUAGAGUGGUUUUGUGCACAUUGCUUAGUUCUUAAACCAUUCUGUACAUCUUGCUAACCUGUGAAGUGCACUGAUAUAAUUUAAGAUGGCACUCCUUGUAGUCUUAGAUAAGUGUGAAAUAUUCUGAAUAAAUAAAACUACUAAUCCAUUGUAAUUUA